AUGUCACAAACUUGGCUUGAAUUAUUACGUGUUGCUGAUAGUAAUAGUCGAUCUGCAGCUGAAAAACUCGAAGAAGAAAGACGAAAACGAGAGAGAUUAAACCAAAAAUCGGAUAAAUCUCAGUCAGUUGAUAAUGCAGCAGUUCAAAUGAUUCUUGAACGACGACGUCGACAACAACAAGAACAACAAAAACUAGCUGAAGAGCAACGUUUAAAAAAAGCUAAUGAAUUAAAAAAACAAAAGAAAGCACUUAUUCAACCAAAAAAAGAAGUACAACAAAAAUCUAUUCCAUCCAAACCAUCUGUUACAGCUCCGACUAAACCUUCAGCUGAUGUAAAAAAACCUGCAUUAAAAAUAUCUUUUGAGGAUUUGAUGCGGUAUGCAGCGUUAAAAAAUAAUAAAAAACCAAUACCCAAAGAAUUAGCUCAUGUUGCUACUGCAUCUCGUACAAAUAAUACAUCAACACCAAGUUCAAGUUCUAAUAAGUCAUCUUCAUCGAAUACAUCAAAACAAAGUCUGUCUAAUUCUAAAUCAUCAAACAUUCCAACUACUAUUAAUAAAACAAUUUCAACAAAAGUAACAAAAACAACUUCCAUAACCAAAUCAUCUCAUCCAUCAAAAAUAAAAUCGAAUGGAAUAAAUCAAUCAUCAAAAACUAAUAUUAAACAACCGAUUAAACAUCAACCACCAGCAACAAAUCGAAUAACAAAUGGACAAAAAUCAACAUCAAAUGGACAGAAAGCAACACAAAAUCAAGUUUUGAAUAAACAAAAAGUAUUGCACAAUUCAACAACAUCAAAUGGACAAAAAGUGCCACAGAAUUCAUCAUCAAAUGGACAAAAAGUACCGCAAAAUCAAACGUCGAAUGGACAGAAAGUAGUACAAAAACAAACGUUUAGUGUACAAAGACUGCCAACAGACGGACAAAGAUCAGCAGUACCACAAAAUCGAAUAACAAAUGGACAAAGACUACCAACAGCACCUCAAAAUCGAACUGUGAAUGGACAACGACUACCGACAGACGGACAAAGAUCAACAGUACCUCAGAAUCGAAAUAUGAAUGCACAAAGACCAAUGUCUCAAAAUCGACCUAUGAAUGGACAAAGAUCAUUACCGCCAAAUCGAGCAAUGAAUGGACAAAGACCGCCAGUUGUACCUUCUCGGAAACGUCCAGCUUUUGAAGACUCAGAUGAUGAAGACGAUGAAGAAAUGCGUGAUUUUAUUGUUGAUGAUGAAGAUGAUGAUGGUGGUUUUGAUUAUCAAAAAGAACUUCGCGAAACUUUAAAGACGAAUUUUCGUUUUGAUACAACCAAAUAUCGUGGACGAUUUUUAGAUGAUGAAGAUGAUGAUUUACGGAAUAUGGAAUCAUCAUUUGAUCAAAUCGAAAAAGAAGAAGAUUUCAGUCGUCGACAAGGUCUUCAAGAAGAUAUUGAAGAUAUUCUACGUGAAGAAGCCGAAAAAAAACGACGUCUCGCCCAAACAAGAAAACGUCCGAAAACCGCUGCAUAA